UUGCGUGAUUGGAGUUCAGUGUGCCCUGCUCUUCUCCCGAACCAUGGAAAGGGAUGUCAUGGCUGUGACUGUUCCCCAAACUACAGCCCAGGUGAAGCAAGGGCUCCCAAUACCUCCAUGUGACUGGUCUUGCCUGGGUUAGGUAACCUUACAGUUGGGCCAGUCGUGGGCCAGAGUUGUGAGAUGCUCCGGUUGGCCAUGCCUCUGUUCUGCCACGGGAUUACUGCUCUUUCAAGAAAUAAUACGGGUUUUUUCCAGAGAAAGGGAGACCAGAGACACACAACAGGUCUACGAUUCAAUUAUCUUCCUGGAUAAUGAGCGACUGUGAAUGAGAGUCGGAGCAUGAGUGGGGGAGGGGCAGAAAGAGAGGGAGACACAACCCAAAGCAGGGCUCCAGGCUCUGAGCAGUCAGUGCAGAGCCCAAGGGGCUCAAACUCAUUGACCAGGAGAUCAUGACCGGAGCUGAAGUCCCACGAUUAACGGAGUGAGCCACCCAGGUGCCCCUAGCAGCUAGAUUCUUAUAUUAAAAAAAAAAAAAAAAAAAAAAAAAAAAAACCAACUUUUCUUCCGUAUGAGCAUUUAUUGGGCACCUAUGUACCAGAUCCCUGUGGUGAAACCCGUUCAAUUUCACACCAGCCUGGAAGGGAUUAUUCUCCCAUUUUGCAGAUGGGAAAAUGAAGGCCCUCAGCGGCCGACACUCCAAAGUAACGGAGUCCUGUUUCCCCAGGAGUGAAAACGGGCGACACGGAGAUGGAGGUGGGAGCUGUUAAUUGAAACCUUACGUGGUAUCUGGGUCGUGUCCGUCGGUGGAGCCCGCCUGGGCAAAACGUUCCAGGAGACAUAGUGGCAUGUGGGCACCUCUGGGCCCGGGACGCAGCUCCACGUCCUCCGUCAGGGUGCGUUCGCAUUUCCCCGCUUUUGAGAGGAGAUAAUGACACCCUCGGUGGCCUCCACCCGCCCGGGUCCUUAUCGGCGGCCCCAGACCCUGCUUGAGCGCCACUCGGUGUCGCGGGCCCCCGGAGGCACUAGAAGUCCCGAACCCUGAUGUGGACGCGGGUGCGCCUAGGCUCCGCUCCGCUGGAGACACUACGCUCCGGAGGCAUCCGGAGACCGGAGGCGAGGGGUGGAGCGGCGCGUGCGCACAAGGGAGCCGCGGGAAGUUCGAAAUUGACGGGCAGGGCGGCAGGGCCCGGGGGCAUCCCGGGCAUGGCCGCCGCGGCCGGCCUGGCGCGGCGGCUGCGGGCAGCGCUGCGGGAGGAGGAGCCGCGGGCCGUGGAAGAACUGCUGCGCCGCGGCGCGGACCCCAACCUGGUGCUCGCGGAUGGCGUGGCAGCCAUGCACCUGGCGGCCAGAGCCCGGCACUCGCGCGGUCUGCGCUGCCUGGAGGCCCUACUGCACCGGGGCGGGGAUGCUAACGCUCGAUCGGUCGAGGCGCUCACGCCGCUGCACGUGGCUGCCGCCUGGGGCUGUCGCCGCGGCCUGGAGCUGCUGCUGGGCCAUGGAGCGGACCCGACGCUGCGCGACCAGGUGGGAGCCCAGCGCCCACAGUGGCGGGGCGGACCCGGAGGGAGCGAGGAAGGGAGGGAAAAGGGCCUCGGGUGCCCCCUGCUGACCAAGCCGCCGCAGGACGGACUCGGGCCGCUGGACCUGGCGGAGCAGCAGGGGCACCAGGACUGCGCACACGUCCUUCGGGAACUCCAGACUCGGACGAAGACAUCGACCCGGACCCGGGCAGAGAGCCAGGAGCCUGAGCCUGAGCCCGAGCCUGGCGGCCCAAACCCCUGGAGAAAGGGGCUGGACGCCAGCCCCUCUGGACUUCCCAAUGCGACGCUGGGCUUCAUAGCACUGGGCAGGAGUGAUGGCAGGGACAUAGGCCUGGAAGCGGGCCCCAGACUCCCCCGCCACCUGGCCUGCCCUGAGAUCGCUGACAAGGAUAGCAGCUUGGAGUACUCCCCAGGACAGUGGGACUGCAGCUCAGAUGCCUCCUUUGUCACUGCGACUGAAGCUUCUGGAACUGAAGACCCAGCCCCGCACACCUCCUCCUGGGCUAGGUCAUCUCCCCAGACCAAGCAGAGACUCAUGCCUACUAUUCGACCUUCCCAGAGGACGCCAAGGUCCCCAGGUACCCCACAGCUGGUACAUCGAGCUGCUGCGGCAGACAGGGACGCAGAACUAAAUACCUGUCUGCAGGCCCUGACUCUGACUUCGCCAGAUGCCUCCCCCUCCCCCCUAGCCCUCCCCGAUGGGAGCCCUGCGCAGAGCCCCCCUCGGGAGCCACUGCCUGGACUUCCCCAUGUUCACUUCCUAAAAGACGAAGAGUUGUCCCUCGACAGUGAUGUGGCUGCCCUCUGGCUGACAGAGGAUGAGGCGAGCUCCACAGGUGGCAGGGACCCUGUCCCCUCUCGCUGGUGCCCUCCAGUCCCUGCCAUGACAGACCUGGAGAUACUUCGAGGGCUCCGAGCACUUGGCAAGAACCCUGGCCCCAUCACACCCUUCACUCGGACGUACCACCUCCGACAGCUGGAAGAAGCCCGUGCUGCUCCUGGCUCAGACUUUUCAGGGCACAGCCCAGAGCUGGCCGAAGCCCUGCGGACAGGCUGUAUCCCAGAUGCCCAGGCAGAUGAGGAUGUGCUUGCCCAGCAGUUUGAGCGGCCGGACCCCAAGAGAAGGUGGAGGGAGGGGGUCGUGAAGUCCAGCUUCACGUAUCUACUGCUGGACCCCAGGGAGACUCAGGACCUGCCAGCCCGAGCCUUCUCACUGACCCCAGCUGAACGCCUUCGGACUUUUGUCCAUGCCAUCUUCUAUGUGGGGAAAGGGACACGGGCCCGGCCAGAUGUCCACCUCUGGGAGGCCCUCAGCCACCGUCGACAGCCAGGAAAGCAGGCCUGCCCCAAAGUGCGCCAGAUCUUGGACAUCUGGGCCAGUGGUCGUGGUGUUGUCUCCCUGCAUUGCUUCCAACAUGUGGUUGCUGUGGAGGCUUACACUCGAGAGGCGUGUCUUGUGGAUGCUCUAGGCAUCCAGACACUGACCAACCAGAGACAAGGACACUGCUAUGGAGUGGUGGCGAGCUGGCCACCCACCCGGCGACGCCGCUUGGGGGUGCAUCUGCUGCACCGCGCCCUCCUUGUCUUCUUGGCCGAGGGUGAGCGAGAGCUGCGGCCCCAGGACAUCCAGGCCCGCGGCGGAGUACUGGGGACUUGACCGUCCGGCCUAGGUAGAGAUCGGGGUGUUUGAAUGUUUCAGCUGCCCCAUGCUGACAUCAGCCCCCCAUCUCCAGAAGGCAGCCCGGAGGGUGGGGGCAGGCAGCAUGGCAUAUCCCCCCCUCAAGCUGAGGGAGGACUUUGUUACAGAUGGACCUGCUGGAGAGGUAGUGAGCUUCCUGUCAUGGGAGGAGGACAAAUAGGGAAGCAGAAGUUCUUUGGAAUGUUCUAGUGCUUCAGAACAUGCUAACGCUUUGGCAGUUUGGUCCCGUCUGUACAGUCCGCUUUUAUCUCCCAGACGCAGGGGACUCACGUGUGGGAUGGACUGGGGGACUCUGCCGAAGUCAAGAGCCAGAUUUCUCCGCUUCCCAGCUAUGGGACCCCAGGUCAGGAAUUUGUCGCUCUGAGGCUCAGUUUCCUUACUUUGUACAGUGGGGACAGUGAGGAGUGCUACCUCAGAGGGUCAUUGUGGAGAUGGGAGUAAACGAAGCCAUGCAGUGCGAUGUGUGGUUCAGAGCCCGGCACUGAGCCAGAGGCAGCCCGUCUGCCCUGGUGGAAAAUCUCUUGGGGAAGGGAGGUGCCAUGAUGCUCUCCAGGGGCCGGCUGUGUGUGGUGAUAUGUGGGCAGAGCUGGGGAGGUCGACAGGGUGUGGGUGAGCGACCAGCCCUCCCCAGGAUAGCUGUGCAACUCGGGCCUCCGGACAUUGUUUCUCUGCCACUGUUUCCUCCACCAUAAAAUGGAAUAAAUAACCGCCACUUCCUGGCGAUGCUAUACCACAUCAGACUUCACAUAUGCUUAGAGCUUUAGUAAAUGCCAAGCUGUCAUCCUG